UUAAAUGCAAGUUGUUUGACAACUUCAGAUACUGAAGGUGAAGAAGAAAUAAAUUGCGAGCAGGCUGUAUGCGAGUACUGUCAUUUUGGUUGUAAAUCAUUUUCGCGUUUGAAAGCAUUCUAUGCAAUCCGUGUAGUUACGUAUGAUGUGGAAAGUAUAUCGUAACAAUAAGCGAAGUGCCUGAAAUCGUAACUGAGUAAACGAUUUGAGAAUGUCGAACAAAUUGUUAUUUUGAAUGCGUCGAACCUCACCUUAAACUAUUUGUAACUCGAGGAAAAAACGUUGAGCUCGUAACAUCAUUAAAAGUAAAGAAACAAAUAAGAAAUCAACAUGGCAGAGAAGUGGAUUGGUUAUACUGUAUCUAUUGACUGUGGUGACACUCUGGGAAAGUACCAGGGGCAAAUAUGUCAUGUAGAUGGGAAGGACCAAACUUUAACACUGAGGAAAGCAUUUCGCAACGGUGUUCCGGAUCCUUCCACAGAAGUGACAUUGAGAGCUAUUGAUAUUAAGAGCCUGAAAAUUAUAUCAGCUGUUGAUGAUGUGGAAUCACUAGGAUCCUCACAAAGUGUUGUUACUGUAACAAAACCAAUUGCAAAACGACCAGGACGUUCCAUGAGUGAAAGUUUGGCAACUACAAAAACUUCUCAACUUCGUGAAUCACCACGUAAACUUGCAGAUGAUUCUGGCAUACGCCAGAACACUGUUAAUGAAGGGAGCAGAACACCCAGCAAAAAGGACAGAGCUCGCCAGAAAAUGUCAGAAAGAGAUGAAGCUUGCUUUGGCUCAUCAGUUGACAACAUAUUAGGCCAUGAAUUUGAUUUUGAAAAAAAUUUAGCAUUAUUUAAUAAGAAGGCAAUUUAUGACGAGAUCAAUGCAUCACAAAGGCCUGAUGUGAUUCGACAAGCAGACUUUGCAAAACGAAAUCAAAAAUAUCGCCAUUAUGAAAAUGUUAUAGAAAGCUCACCAGCUUCAUACAGACAAAUUAUAGUACCAGCACCAGGGUUGGCAGAAUAUGUCACAGAUGAUGGUUUGGUCAUCCCCAGUAUCAGUCUAGAGUUGCGUUGUGAUCUGCUCCGAGCUGCCGAAGAAAGAGGACUGACAGCAGAACGACAGAUAGAGCUCAUGGGCCGUGCAGCUACUGAAAUGGCUCUGCAACUUUUAGGUGGUGGGCACAGGCUCAACCCUCACAAUGUUCACCAGUGGCCAACUGUAGUAGCGUUAUGUGGCCCACAUCGUCAGGGUGCAUAUGCUAUAAGUUGUGCUCGGCAGUUGGCUAGCCAUGGUGUGAAAACAGUUGUGUUUCUACUGGAUCAACUCAAUAUGGUGCCAGAAGUUAGAACUGAACUUCAGCUUUAUAAGUUUACAGGAAACACCAUCCUUACAAAUACUGAAGACUUACCAUCACUGGCUAUUGAUUUAAUCAUUCUGGCACUUUUGGAUGAGCAGUCCAGCACACCUGAAAGGAACUUUGUUAACUACAUGCCUGCAGCAAUGUGGGCAAAUGAGUGUCGUGCUCCUGUUCUUGCCCUGGAUCCACCAGCUGGUGGGACAGCAUUUGUUGACACUAAAUUCUCAUUGCUUCCAUUUUUGCCACUUGCUCACAGUUCAAAUAAUGGAAAGCUUUAUCUUUGUAACCUUGGGUGUCCACAACAGGUUUUUGAGGAAAUUGGUAUCAAAUACACAUCACCUUUUGGACCGAAGUUCGUGAUACCUCUUCAUGUGAAUGAUACAUGAACUUCAUGCUUCUUUUCAGUUGAUACUACUACUCUCUGAUGAUGACAAAGCAUUGAUCAGGUUUUUUGGCAUUUUUGAAGAGAAAAGGUGUUAUCAAACACUGGCAGACUGUGAUUUAAAUAAGAUUACUCUAAAAUCUACACAUUUUCAUGGGGCCACUUAAUCAAAAGGAAGAUAAAAUAAUUUCAGAUGUGGAGAGAAGUGUGUGGGGAUACCAGUCAUUGAAGUAACGUGUAUCUUUGCAUCAAAUAAAUUUUAAAUUGUAAUUUUGAA